AUGCGCCUUCGAAAUUUGCAGAUGACUGAUACAUUGUCUAGGAAACAGUUUCAAUGCAGUAAUGAAACUGAAAUUCACUGCUUUUUAUCACCAUCAUCUCGUUAUGGUGUACAUAUUAUCCGUAGCGAUGUUCCCGAUUUUCGACCACUGGAGACUCACUUUUAUUAUUAUCACUUCAUUGUUUAUGAUUUUAUACUAGAUACUGUAACAGAGUAUACUUCAACGUGUGGCCCGUUGAAACGAUUUCAUCGUUUUUACUUUUUGAAUGAUACAACAGGCAUACUCGUAGAUUUCUCUCGAAAUAACGGCAGCGUAACUCAAAAUGUAAUCCAAUUUUCUCAUGUAAACCAGUCGGUAACGUGUGAAUAUGCUUGUGUUUGGGAUUUUAACGUAGACGAUAUGCUGUACGAAACAGAUAACACUCGUCUCAUUGCCAGCACCGCUUUGAUGGAAUACAAUAAUAUCACUCACUUGCCUCUACUUGGUGAGAAAGAUCAUUAUACGGAUAUAUUUGCUCGAUUCGUACCUGCCAAUCCAUUUCAAUUCUAUACUCAUUUUUGCGAAAAAAUGAUCAAAAUAAAUAAUGAGGAGAUUUGUCAACAAGCAUUACAAACCAGUGAUUGCGAAUUAUUGAGAGAAUCGCGAGGAAGUAUUGAUAACCGAUUUUAUCCAAUUAUUAACGGGACAUCGUUAUAUUUCAUUAUGCGCAUUGAAACGGUUGAAAGCUUGAGUAGACUUCUCUUGCUAACAUUAUUUUGA